GUAGCUGUAGGUGAAGCUGCCUCUCUCUACCAUACUGAAGCAGGUGUCCAACAUGGCGAACGCAGGCUGCGGCUCUCUGGCGACUAUUCUCUUUUUAUUCUUCUUUCAAGCGGCUCUUCAUAAAGGAGCUGCACAAUACCCAGUGGUGAGUCAGAACCUGGUGACAGACAAUGUGUCCGUGGUGGAGGGGGAGACGGCGAUCAUCAGCUGCCGGGUGAAGAACAACGACGACUCUGUGAUACAGCUGCUUAACCCCAACAGGCAGACAAUUUACUUCAAAGACCUGAGGCCACUGAAAGACGCUCGCUUCCAGCUGGUGAACUUCUCAGACAAUGAGCUGCGGGUGUCACUGUCUAAUGUCUCGCUGUCAGACGAGGGUCGAUAUGUUUGCCAGCUCUACACGGAUCCCCCGCAGGAAGCCUACGCUGACAUCACUGUGCUAAUUCCUCCAGGUAACCCCAUCAUCGAGGCCCGCGAUGAGGUCCUGAGCGAGGGCAACGAGACAGAGAUGACCUGCAUUGCCAUGAGCAGCAAGCCCGCCGCCACCAUCAGAUGGAUGAAGGGAGAUAAGGAGCUCCCAGGCAAACCCAAAGUUGAGCUGACGUACGACAAGAUGUACACAGUAACCAGCCGCCUGACGCUAACCGUGAACAAGGAGGACGACGGCGUGCCCGUGAUCUGCAUCGUAGACCACCCAGCAGUCAAGGACUUCCAAGCACAGAAGUACCUGGAGGUUCAGUACAAACCGGAGGUCAAGAUUGUGGUGGAAUUUCCUCAGGGUCUGACCAGGGAAGGAGAGAACUUGGAACUGACGUGUCAGGCCAAAGGCAAACCCCAGCCACAGCGGGUGAACUGGGUGAAGGUGGAUGACGACGUUCCAUCCCACGCCGUCAUCACCGGUGGCGAUCUUUACAUCGAAAACUUAAACAAGUCCUACAACGGGACCUACCGCUGCGUGGCGUCCAAUACGGUGGGGGAGUCUUUCGACGACUACAUCCUCUACGUCUAUGAUGCUCCCACCACCACCCCUAAACCCAACACCACCACCACCAUCACCACCACCAUCUCCCACCCUGAAGCCAAUCAAGACCCUGCGCCCAGCACUGAACCUGCAGCUCAUGAUUCACGAGCUGGAGAGGGAGCACCCAGAACAGUGGACCAUGCCGUGAUUGGAGGAGUGGUGGCUGUGGUCGUCUUCGCCAUGCUCUGUCUACUCAUCGUUCUGGGGCGCUACUUUGCAAGACACAAAGGUACCUACUUCACGCACGAAGCCAAGGGAGCGGACGAUGCAGCGGACGCAGACACGGCUAUCAUCAACGCAGAGGGUGGCCACACCAACUCGGACGAAAAGAAGGAGUACUACAUCUAAUCAAAAUCAGGACCCCUCACUCUAGUGUCCUCUUUGGGACGCGGAGCUGGUUUUAGGGCUGAGGGGAAGGGGGUUUUGGGGGAAUGGGAGGUCAAUGGAGGGAUUGGAGGUGGUUCAGGGUCACUUUUAGCGAGAGUAGAGGGGUCAACGCGUAGACGAGGGACGAGUUUUUAAAGAGAGGCCUGGUUUUAAGCCGUUGUUUAGUCUAGUCUGCAGAUGUACAGUAGAUGGAAUGUUUCGUGUGUUCAAAAAAACUAAAAAUUCAAAAAAGGAGGAAAAAAAACCAACAAAACAAAACACGGGAGGGUUUGGCUUAUCUGUUAAACUGAGUAAAGGGGGUGGGGUUUUGGGGGGGCGGGGGGUUGGGAGGGAGCGCCAGACGUUGCCAGAAAUCACUGUAGAGAGCUUCACCAUUCGACACCUUCCCUACUGCUGGUACGAAUUUUAUUUAGUUCAACCAUUUGCAGAAAAUUCUGUGCCUUGUUCUGAAUUUUUUUGUUUUCGUUCGUUCCGGUUCCCCCCCACCUUGGAUUUUGCGUUUCGAUCCUCAUUGCAUAACCUCGUUGUGCUCAAGCUUCCCCUUUCCUUCCCACUCCAUCUUCCUCACUUGUAAUAUCAACGUGCUCUUGGCUUUUGAAUGAGGGUAAAAUUACACAGCCACUUUAUUUGUUUUCCUAAAUGUAUCUGCACACACACACACACACACGCACGCACACACACACACACACUCUCGCGUAUCGAAAACUCUUUCCAGUAAACUGUGAUUUGUCUCAAGCCAUUUAUUCCUUCCACUCUUUUUCCCUGACAUUGUGACAAAAAUGCAUGAAAUUCUUCACAUAUCAUUGUACAAAGAACAUAACCGAGGAACAGGCUGCAUAUAUUGUAUACGUCCCCUCUCCGUAACACAACAACACAGUGAAAACAUAAUCAGAAUGAAGGCUGCAGGGAAUAUUUUUGAAAUGAUCUUCCCAUUUAAUUUGGCCCCAGCCGGCUUUUAAGAGCAUUGUUAGCGCUCUCGUUUGAGCAGAUCUACUGCUGCAUCGUAAGCGAUUACUUUUUCAUAGCAAAGAGAGGCAGUGUAUUAUCUUUCCUUACUUUGCUGCCAUUUCAUUAUAACAAUAUCUUCCUCCGUUUAGUAUCAUUUUUCUCCGAUUUGGCUGAGCGGCAGCAUUGUUUUCCCAACCGGCUUUUAUUGAGUUGUGAUGAUGAGAUUUAAGUGAUUUCCAUCUGUUCUCACUCCAGAAUAUAUAUCCGUUUUGUUUUUUUUGUCCUUAUGAAUGGGCGAGGAAAAAAGUAAGAAACUGUAAAUAGUUUCUGGCAGACACUCAGUCAAGACGUUUAAAAAAGGCUGUUCAGACGGGAGAAAAAACAACAACAAACAACAUCAGGUGUUGAUGUACAUACUGAAAAGAGGAAACAGCCUUAACCAAACUCUAACUCAAACAAACGUAGAUUAAGUUACUUUUAGGAAUAAUUUCACUGCAAAAACACACACACAGAAAAAAACAAGGACAACGUCAUCAGUGUCUCCCUCCGUCAUCAGUGGACUCAUGUUAUUCCGUAGACACACACGCGCAGUCCCGUGUAAAAAUCCAGCCAAGCGAAUCACAGCUGUGUUGUACACUAAUCCUGACUAAGAAAUAUUUUUUACAACCUUAAGUAGAGUUACAAUGGAGUACCUUUGUGGAUUUGACUGUAUCACAUUGUGAGUUUUUUCGUCAAAACUGUAAACCGCGCCGAUGUUUGGGGGGAAAGUAAAUGUCCUGGAAAACUGUCCCGCUCUGAGAGACAUUUCAGUCUGAAUAUACAGCCUGCGUUUUUUUGUUUUUUUGUUUUUUUCUUUCUCCGACACAGGGGCUUGAGUGCUCGGACAUUUGAUAUUUCUUUGCAUGUGUGUACGUGCUGAAGCCCAUCUCCUCUGCUUCUCUAUCUUUGCUUCACACAUCACCUGCCAACACUGAACGGAAGAGAUCUGUUGUUUGUUUUUGUUUUUUUUUUGUUUUUUUUUUUUGCUUUGCCAGCUGGGAAGCACCGAGGAAUGCCAAAAGUAAUUAAUUGUUUGUAACACAAGUUAAUUCACAUGUUGUGCUACCGCGGCGUCAAUCCACGGUUUCGCAUUCGACGCGCUGACUUCUUAACAUGGCAUCGAGGGCGUGUUGAUGACUUUAUUUUGUCAUUAUCGUGUGUUCACACAGCAAGCGGCUCGCUUAAUGAGUAACGACUCGGUGUGACGGUCGUGGGCGGAGGGUCGAAAGUGCAGUCUUCACUUUUACUGUUUGGGGAAAAACGACAGAAGGAUGGAUCUUUCACGGCUUUGUGUUUCAUGAUCUCACAUUAGUCUGAAUAAUCCAUCAACACAAAUGAUAAACUCAUCGGCAGAAGCUGCAAGUCUCGCAGUCUUCCUCGCGUUUGUUUUUUAUUGCACUUCUCUGGCUUUUCAAAAUAAAGUUGAAAACAUGCAGUCAACCGGACAAAAUUGGUUUUAUCAGUGAAGAAAUGACAUGGAAAAUGUCACUGAUCCAUAUUGAGAUGCAGGAAAUCUGAAUUUCACGUUGCAAUAUUUGUCCAAACAGUCAUUUAAAUGACUAAAUGUUUUAGUGAAUUACAUGUAAAUUGGCGUUAUGUUUUGACUGGGAGAUUUUGGCCGGAGUUUGUGUGUUGCAAAUAAAUAAAACAUAAGCCAGUGAAAUAAUUCUAUCCACCAACAACGGAUAAUGUGGCAUAAUUUCAGCAAAAAUUCAACAGUAUAAGCUGAAAAAGAAUAAAACACAUUUUAAAGUGGUCGUCUUUCCACUGGCGUGUAUCACAUGUGAGGUUCAGUUCUUCUUUGCCAUGUUAAAGCACUCGAUUUGGAUUUUGUGAAUGUGCAACUCCGAUUGCAGUGUGACAGCUUUAUGGUUAUGCAUGACGACAGCAUUCAGUCUUGUUAUAUUGAUGUUUGGGUUUUCGAGGGUCGUCCGAGUCAUUUUGGGAAAGUUCUAGUGUAAAUGCAUUGUGCAAAAAAAAAAGAAAAUGUUCACUUUUUCCUCGGCAUAACACACAUUUGUGCAUUUAAAUGUCAUGAAGUAUCGCCUGGGGUUUUUUUUUUCCCUGCAUUUUUGAGAUGACAGGAGGUUUGCAUCGCGGAGCUGUGGACUUUGAUUUCAUUUAUUAUUUUAUUAUACGGCCCUGGUAUAAUUCCACGCACAUGCCACACGUCGCAUAUCGCGGCCCCUGGUAUACUCGCGCGUAAGGGUCCUGUAGAAUCCCACUUCCCCAUCGGGUGGCGGUACAAGUCUGGACGCAGGGAAUAGGACGCAUUCCUACCAAAGAAGAAAAUAGCGAUGCUACAGCUCCCGCGUACACGUCUGGUUCGAGCGGCUCAGAGUCGGACAGGUUCUGUCCUCGCACACCCGACGCACUCUUCCAAAAUCUUUGCGCGUUGACGACGCCAUUCGCGUGCGCUGUGCUGUGGAAGUAUACCAGGGCCUUAAUAGUUGAAGACGGGAAUGUCGCGAGGAAAGUGAAAGACGUCAAAGUUGCCUGCGUCCAACUCUCUUCAACUGUUUCUCCUUCUGUUGAAACUUGAGUUAAUUUAAAUUACCACUGAGUCAACACUGUACGCUGAGGACACUGUUUUGUGUUUGUAAUGUGGACGGGCAGGGGGCGGGGCAUAACGGGGCGGGUUUAUCCCCGACACGGUUUCCGAUGAAACUAUUAACUGACGAUGUUACUCGCGUUGCUUUUUGAACCACAGAGCAGGUGCGGCCUCGUCUGUGAGACUGAGAUUGUGUGAUUUGUGUUUUACAGUGAGCACGACUUUUGCUUCAGUGACACGUGGCAGCUUCCAUUUUAAUCCCACUUCAGAACGUGUAUUUCCCAAUAAAGAAAUAGAAGUGAAUACUGUCUUCUCCCUUAAGGCUGAUGCAUUAAUAUAUAUAUUUUUAUUACUAUUACUAUUAUUAUUAUUAUUGUUAUUAUUUCUGAAUAUUAAACCUACAGUCGGUUGCUAGUUGUUACUUUUCUUCUUCCAACGUUCCGAUUAAAAAAAAACUAACAUUUGCCGGGAGAAUAUUUGGAGACGAUGCAGAAGAUAUUCAUUUCCCGCCACUCGCUAAUUUCCCCGUCUCAGGUUCACGCGUUGUUCACUGACACGGCUGCAUCUCAGGUAGAAUGCAAUGUUUAGGCCCCGCCCACUAGUGACACAAGACUUAAGUACGAAGCGUCGACAUCCAAAUCCAGUUCAACACUUAACUUUAGAGUCCCAGAGGCAAAAUAGGUGAUAUUUUGCUUGUAUGUUGUACAUGUUUUAUGUGUUUUUCUUAAUAUUUGGUGCACUGUAAGAAAAAAAAAAAAAAAAAGAAAAAAAAGGAAAAUGUGUUAAGUAUUACUUUGUGUUUACAUAGAUCAUAAGGAGUAAACUGUUCACUGGAAUGAAGCAGGAUCAGAAAUGUGUUCUACUGUGUUCUACCGCUCACCACCGCCUUUAGCAACUUGUGUCAUCCUCCUCCCCCUAAAACAAAAAUGAUUGUUUCACCACAGUUAUUGUUUUUAGAUUGAUUCUUCUUUCUUCUUUUCUUUUCUUUUUUUUUGUUUUGUCUCUCUGCUGUUCUUGGGAAAUGUUAAUGUGCAUUAAUGGAGAAAAAGGAGUUCCACAUUCCCAUACAUAUUUUGUAUUGGUUCAUAAAUAGACAUUUUUACAAAAACGAUGAAGAGUUCUUGUCAAUAAAAACGAAAAGAUAUUAAUGUCCAAAAUAA